AUGGCCGUGAAAGACCUCCUUCUAUACUUUUAUUUCCUUAUUAGCAUCAAUCUGGUAUUGGGAGCAGCUACAACUAAACGUUGCUCUGGUAAUACCGCAAAAGAUCGCACUAAAUGGUGCAACUAUGAUAUAAACACCGACUACUACAAUGAAGUGCCAGAUACUGGUGUUACCCAAGAAUAUUGGUUUGAGAUCCGCGAGGAAAUCCUGGCUCCUGACGGAAUCCCACGAUAUACUCAAGUCAUCAAUGGUUCAGUACCAGGGCCUACCAUACACGCAAAUUGGGGCGAUGAAGUGGUUGUACACGUUACCAACCAACUUUCUAGCUCAAACAAUGGAACCAGUAUUCAUUGGCAUGGUAUUCGGCAGAAUUUUACGAAUCAGAAUGACGGUGUUGUCUCUGUGACCGAAUGUCCCACUGCUCCGGAAAACACCAUCACCUACAAGUGGCGUGCCACUCAGUACGGAACUACGUGGUAUCACUCUCACUUUUCUCUGCAAGCAUGGGAAGGUGUUUUUGGAGCCAUUGUCAUUGAUGGACCCGCAAGUGCAAAUUACGAUGAGGAUGUAGGUGCUAUCGUCCUGACCGACUGGAGUCAUGAAACACCCGACGAGCUGUUCUACUUCGAUGCAAAGCACGGUCCUCCAUACCUAGAGAACGGUUUGAUCAACGGUAUGAAUGUUUAUAAAAAUGGCGAUAACCAGGUUGGCCAACGAUUCACCACGAAAUUCAAAUCUGGCAAGUCCUACCGUCUUCGUCUCGUCAAUACCGCACUCGACACUCAUUUCUCCUUUUCCAUCGAUAACCAUACUAUGACCGUCAUAGCGGCAGAUCUUGUUCCAGUUGAACCAUUCACCACAAAUGUUCUCACUAUAGGCAUUGCACAACGCUACGAUGUCAUUGUCAAGGCAGACCAAGCUCAGGUUGCCGACAAAUUCUGGAUGCGCGCUGUGCCCCAGACUGAUUGCUCGAGCAACAACAGUACAGACAACAUUAGGGGCAUUAUAUAUUACGGCAAUGCACAAGGUACCCCAUCCACAACCGGUUAUAACACGACAACAGGCUGUACAGAUCAAUCAGGCAGUCUCACACCAGUUGUGUCAAAAGCUGUCUCUCAGGACUUUACUUACUACAAUAAUGAGACCGUGACUCUCGGAAUAAAUAGUGCGGAACUGUUCGUUUGGCAGGUCAAUGACGUGUCAAUGCUAAUCGACUGGGAGAACCCUACGCUGCUGCAAAUCUACAACAAUGAAACGAGCUGGUCCAGCACUGAGGGAGUCAUACAAGUCGACGAAGCCAACAAAUGGGUCUACGUGCUCGUGCAAAGCAGUCUGGGAGUUCCACAUCCAAUUCAUUUGCACGGCCAUGACUUCUUUGUUCUUGCUCAGGGAACUGGAACUUACGACCCUAAUACAGCUGUGAGCAAGUUUAACAAUCCAGCGCGCCGAGAUACCGCCAUGCUAUUGGCAGGGGGUUAUCUUCUCCUAGCAUUCCAGACUGAUAAUCCCGGGGCCUGGUUGAUGCACUGUCACAUCGGAUUUCAUACGGUUGGCGGGCUUGCCAUCCAGUUUGUCGAGCGAUACAGUGAGAUUCGAGACCUAAUUGAUUAUACAACUCUUUCUCAGACAUGUAGCUCCUGGGAUCAGUGGCAGGACUCCCAACAUCUGGUGGAUAUUGACUCUGGAAUCUAG